UUUUGGAAUGGCAUCACUGCAGUCUCUCGUAAAGAAAGAAGCCACACCAUCGCCAGAUUUAACACGGACUGCAAAACGCAUCGAGAGGGAAUUGGACAUGAUUCAUCAUUUCUUAAGCCAAGUUGGGUCAAAAAUCUACAGCAAUAAAGUUCUUGAAGGCUGGAUAGUGAGGGUGCGGAAGGUUGCAUAUUGUGUUGAGGACAUAAUAGAUGACUACUGUUAUAACAUCACUCUCUUACAGGAAGAAGGCUAUUUCAAGAGGGUGGUACACACAACCUACUAUGCAAAUAUUUUUCACGGCAUUGCUUCAGGAAUGAAAGACAUUGAGGAAGAGAUCAAACACCUGUCACAGCUCAAAAGAGACUACAGAGAAAUGUUCAAUGAGUUACUUGAUAACACAAGUAACAACACUCAAGUUCAAUCCCCAACAAAUAGUGAGAACCCUCAUGCCAUUAAAGUAGAGGGCAUUGUUGGCAUGAAGGAAGACAUGGAACUGCUGCGCGAAUGGCUAGAUCCCAAGGAAACCAAUCUUGUAGUAAUAUCAGUGUGGGGUUUUGGUGGACUAGGCAAAACUACCCUUGUCAGGAAGGUAUAUGAUUUGGAGAUGGAACGAAAAAGUUUUGAUUGUUAUGCAUGGAUUGCAAUAUCACAUAACUAUGGCAUUAUUGUUACAUUGAGGCAGUUGAUUCAGGAGUUAAAUGAGGACCAAGGCAAAAUUCCUGCCGACCUUGGCACUAUGCACUAUAACAAGCUCAAUGAUACAUUAAGGGGAGUGUUGUCAAAUAAGAGGUACUUGAUUGUACUCGAUGAUGUUUGGGAUACAAGAGCUUUUAACGAGUUGUCUGACCUAUUAAUGGAUGACCACAAAGGCAGUCGGAUAAUUAUCACAACUAGGAAUAAUGAUGUUGCUUCACUGGCUCAAGAAAUGUACAAGAUGAAGCUUAAGCCACUCAGCAGUGAUGAUGCAUUUGAACUAUUUUGUAGAAGGACUUUUCAGAAUAGCAACAUGGAGUGCCCUUCUCAUCUCAAUGAAUUAUCUAGGCAGAUUGUGAGCAAGUGUGGAGGCUUGCCACUUGCAAUUAAUGCAAUAGGAAAUGUACUAACUGUACAAGAACCAGACGAGAUAACAUGGAGAAGAAUGGAUAAUCAGUUUAAAUGUGAGUUGGAGGACAACCCUAGCCUAGGCAAAGUAAGAAGUGCACUAAGCAUAAGCUUCACGUACCUGCCAAGACACCUCAAGAACUGUUUUUUGUAUUGCAGCAUGUUCCCACAAGAUUAUCUUUUCACACGUGAGCAGCUUGUCAAGCUAUGGAUAGUCGAGGGUUUUGUUUCACACAGAGGGCAAAGUACAUUGGAGGAGGUUGCAGAUGGCUACUUCACUGAGUUGAUCCAUCAAAGCAUGCUGCAACUUGUGGAGAACGAUGAGAUUGGCAGAGUAGUAACCUGCAGGAUGCAUGGCAUUGUGCGAGAAUUGGCUCUCUCAUUUUCUAGGAAGGAAAGAUUUGGUCUGGCAGAAAUAACCAAUCUGGUACAUGAGAACAAGGACGAUGUUCGUCGAUUAUUAUUGUCAAACUCAAAUCAGGUGAAUCAGCUGAUUAGAUCAAGAAUGGAUCUUCCACACCUUCGAACAUUCAUCGCAACCAGUGCAGUAGCAAAUGACCAGUUGCUGUGCUUACUGAUUUCCAAGUAUAAAUACCUUUCUGUUCUGGAGAUGCGAGACUCACACAUUGACAAGAUCCCAGAUAAUAUUGGGGAUUUGUUCAACUUGCGCUACCUUUGCCUGAGGAGAACGCGUGUUAAGUCCCUUCCAAGAUCAAUUAAAAGGCUUUCGAAUUUGGAAACUCUGGACCUGAAGUCAACUGGCAUUGAAACUCUGCCAAGAGAAGUAUCCAGGCUCAAGAAACUGAGGCACAUAUUUGCUGAGAAAUUGGCUGAUACAAAACAGCAGCAUUUACGCUACUUUCAAGGUGUGAAGUUUCCAGACGGAAUUUUUGAUUUGGUAGAGCUGCAAACUCUCAAGACUGUUGAAGCAACCAAGAAAUCAGUGGAGCUAUUGAAACAACUACCUGAGUUGAGGCUUCUAUGUGUUGAGAAUGUGCGGCGUGCUGACUGUGCAACACUGUUUGCAUCUAUCUCAAACAUGCACCACCUGUAUAACUUGCUCAUCAGCGCCAACAAUCUAGAUGAACCUCUGAAUUUUGAUGCUUUCAAUCCUAGACAUACACAAUUAGAAAAACUCAUUAUCAGAGGAUGCUGGGACAAUGAGGCCUUCAGGGGACCCGUGUUCUGUGAGUAUGGUAUCAACAUCAAAUAUCUGACACUAAGCUUCUGCAAAAAUAAUGCCGAUCCACUGUCCUCAAUCUCCUUGAGCAUGCCAAAUCUGAUAUUCUUGAGCAUCCGCAAGGAAUGCUGGGCUGAGGAUAUAAUACUACAUGCGGGAUGGUUUCCUCAGCUAAAAACCCUUUACAUGGAGAACCUGGAUCGAGUAAAGAGGCUAUUUAUUGAGGAAGGUGCGCUUGUCAGGCUUGAAGUGCUGCUUCUCUUGUCUCUAACGUCUCUCAAGGAAGUUCCUAAAGGUUUGGAGCUUGUUUCAUCCCUCAGAAAGCUUAAUGUCUCGAUGCAGCCCCCUGAAUUCAAGGUAGAGUGGGAAAGAGACAAUUGGAGGAUGAAGCUGCACCAUGUCAAAGAAAUACGCGUGUGAGAAAAAGUAAUUGGUUGAUCAGUCAUUAGUUACUGCUAGUCAUGGUAUUACUGAUAUUUACCAGCUAAGAUAUGUACUUAUUCUUGUCUGUUAUGUUUCCUCCAAAUCUCAAUGCUCAUAUAUACAGGAAUUUUGUUUUAUAUAGUUUGUUCAUGUAGUGCUGACAAUGAGGUGCCAAAAUAUUGUUUGUUACCACAGUAUAUUAUAGCUGUGCAUUUGUUGUGAGAAUAUUGUUUGUCUAUAUACAGUAUAUUGUAGUAGUUGUUCAUUUGCUGUAAGUAUGAAACAUCUCAUCCCAAUCCCUAAAGAGAACCUGCUCAAUGUCCAUGCCACUUGAGUUUCCCACAGGAAAACUAUAAUGUAGCAUUCACAUUAUAAAAUUUUAUCUCCACAAGUCAAUUUUCAUCAAUCUUGCUAACCUUACCAUACCAUUGUCUUUCCCCCAAAUAUUUCCAAGAUAAUAAGGCCCAGUUUAGUUCCUUAGCUUGCCUCGCCUCGCCAGGCUAGCAUUACCUUGCCAGGGUGGGAGAGCCAAAUUGGCUAGCCUCAUAUAGCAAGGAAAAUUCUUGCCAUCACAGAGUUGCCGUUGCCACAGAUCCAAACACCCAACCACAUUGCAUUUCCUUGCUUGACAAUGAUUUCUAUUGUAUAUGAAAUUUAUGGUUUCCUUUGGUGCAAAUUCAACCCUCUAGAUUGGA